CACACUUAAAUCUGGAAGCAACAGUAGGUCCCUGCGUUGAUGGAGCAGUUGUGGUGUUCGGUAAACCGACGGACCGGUAAAAACAAAACUUUACAAGUUACAGUUAAGUCCUUUGUCUCGUUCUUUCUUGUUAAACCAAACAGUAUCUAAAGUAGUUCACGAGGCACACAAAACGGCACGGCAUUCCAAAAGCACGCGAGUGAGAUAGACACCUAUGAGCUAGCAAAAGUGGUAGCUGGCUAUCUAAGUUGUGGAAGAGAUUUAUUUGCGAAAGUGAAAGAUCGAUUCUGGUGCAGCGAUGAAGAUUGAGUUCGCUCCGCUGAAUAUCCCGUUGCGAAGGCGCCUGCAGACGGCGGCGGUGGUGCAAUGGGUUUUCUCGUUUCUCGCUCUGGCUCAGUGCUGUUUGGCAGCCUACAUCUUGCUGUGCCUGACCCGCUGGUGGCUGCUGGCCGCGCUGUAUGCCGGGUGGCUCUACCUGGACAGGGACACGCCCACCACCGGGGGCCGGCGCUCACACUGGGUCCGCAGCUGGGCAGUCUGGCGCUACUUCCGGGACUACUUCCCCAUCUCACUGAUUAAAACAGUGGACCUUGACCCUAAGCACAACUACCUGUUCGGCUUCCACCCCCAUGGCGUCCUGGUGGCGGGAGGGUUCGGGAACUUCUGCACUGAGGCGUCUGGGUUUGCGACCCUGUUCCCGGGACUCACCCCCUAUCUGCUGAUGCUCCCGUUCUGGUUCCGCGUACCAUUCUUUCGGGACUACAUCAUGUCCGGAGGUCUGGUAUCCAGUGAGAAAAGUAGUGCCAGCUACAUUUUGAGUCGUCCAGGCGGGGGUCAUGUGGCGGUUGUGGCAGUAGGGGGUGCUCCAGAGUCACUGGAUGCCCGGCCAGGAGCUCUGACGCUUCAGGUUCUCAACAGGAAAGGCUUCAUCAAACUGGCCCUCAAGCAUGGAGCGCAGUUGGUGCCAGUCUUCUCAUUUGGGGAGAAUGAGCUGUUCGACCAGAUGGAGAACCCUGCCGGCUCGCCCCUCAGGUGCCUGCAGGACCGAAUGCAGAAGAUGAUGGGUGUGGCCCUACCCCUCUUCCAUGCCCGGGGCGUCUUCCAGUACAGCUUUGGCCUGCUGCCCUACAGGAAACCCAUCCAUACAGUGGUGGGCCGGCCCAUUCCAGUGGUCCAGACCCCCUCCCCGAGCAAAGAGGACAUAGAUGCCCUGCACCAGCUCUACAUGGAGGGCCUCACCCAGCUUUUUGAGGAACACAAGAGCAAGUACGGCAUCGCAGAAGACAAGCACCUCAAGUUCAUCUAGCAUCUAUCUUCCUGUCACUAGCUCUCUCUCUCCCCCUGCCCCCUGCCCUCUUUCCUUCCCACGUUCGUUCACCUUUCCCCACGGAUUCGGUCGGAGGUGUCGCUGGCGUCACUUCACCAUUUUUGCAUUCCAGGAAACGUCAAAGGAAUGGAUAGGACUGUCAAAAAGGCCAUAAAACGUAGCGAAACAUUGAGGUAUACUAUAGUAUGGAAUGUGCACAGUCCAUGGAGUUACGAUGGAGUCAUCACAGUGAUUAGUUAGGGUGAAAUAAAUGGUAACGCCAUAACCACAGCGGAAUUCCAGGGCAAGUCUCUGUCGGUCUCUGGAGCUUUCAUCCAGACGAAAGUGUCGGUGUUCGAAAUGUCUACCUCGUGUGCGUACGCGAUUGCAUCUCGGCGUUCACGUCCGCCUUCCAACCAAUUGUUCAUUGGUCCAUUUAGAGCUAAGCGAAAUAAGGCUUAUGUUCAUUUCAUUUUUAUUUGAUUUUUAUCAUUUAUUUAGGCUGCAUCUGAAGAUUUUAGGGUUUUUGUGUGUUUGGGGCAGUGGGGGUGGGGGGUGGAAGGGGGUCUGGGAAUGGGUGUGGCUGUGAGAGCAAGCUAACUGGAUCCCUGCCCUGGGAAAAUUUUUGAACUGAUUCACAAGAAGUAGCGUUUAAAGCAGCACAGGCCUACGCUGUUGGAACGCUGGCCCAGAACGCCCAAAUCCUGUCGUCUCGCAGCAGGUACUUCCUGCUCCACCAGUCCGUCCUGCCUGCCCGCUUCACACAACAGCCAUGGAGCGGAGUAGCUUAUUGUGGUUUUGAAUUUGGCCAGAUCGUAGGCCAGAUUAUUCCUCAGAAGAAAUGAGCUGCAAUCCACUUCUUGGGUAGUCUGGUCAAAGAUGGGAUGACCGAAUUAUUGCCCAAUGACAGUGUGUGAGAAACAUUUCAAUCAGUGUUAUUUGGUAUUUCAACACAGGCAAAACAGGAACUUUUUUAAUCAAAUUGUAUCAAUGGUAUGACUAAGAAUUUCAUCUUUUUGUGUGAAUUUAUAGACACCCCUGACUUGUUUAAGUGCUUUAUGUCCAGUUUGUCAAGUGGGCUACUGGUUUAGGUUUUAGCUUUUCUCAUGUUUAGCUUUAUGUACCAGUAAAGCCAAAAAGGCAGAGGAAUGAACUCAGGGGGGUGGUGAACAGGGAACGUGUUGACAGAUUCUUUCAUGGUUACUGGCUGUGUUUGCAUACUGCAGCUCAGAAACCUCUCCCAAGUCUAACCUUAACGCAUGGAUGAAUGGGUUAGUGUAGUACAGUAGUUUGGUUUAUGUUCUAGGUGGCAGGCUGAGGGACAGGGAACCCCAUAGGAACUUCAUUACAGGUGCUGCUGUUAGCUAAAGGAAUAAUGGUACACUGCACAGAAGUCAAUGGAGGUGACGGUGCUUCUGCCAAAAAUGGCCUCUCUGGAAUCUUGUGCAAACUGUGUGAGCGUGUUUGUGUGUGUGUGUGUGUGUAUCACCAGUGAGUGGUCUGAAUCACCGGGUUCUCACAGCAGUCUGAUCCAUCAGGCUCAAUCAUUUCCCAGGGGGUGCACCUCACUGUUCAUCAGAGUUCAGCCGAUUGGCACAGAUACAACUUGCAGUGCAUGUGAGCCAAUCAGAUGCCAACCCAUUGAAUGUUUGUGGGAGCCCCAUGCUUUGGGAGUGUAUUCAAAGUCAACUGGAUGAAAAACAAUCAAACUUCUGCUGUGGGGGACUGCUGAUCCCUAAAUCUUGGUACCACUAAUUGUAUUGUAUUAUAAAGAUGAGACUAUUUUCGUUAUUGUGUUGUGUUUUUGUGUUUUGAUAAUUGCCUAUGAAAAUAUGUAUGAAUGUACACACAGGGCCAAGUGCAGCGGCUGUGUCAGGGGUGUAAAUCUCGAGCUUAGACCUCUAGACAGCUGAAGUUGAUUCAACUUGGUUCAGCCAUUAGCAAUGUCACAGAUCAUGUUGCAGUCAGUUCAGUGUCCUGUGGCACGGGAAAUAAAUAUAAUAUUAUAAAUAAUCACAA